AAGUACUUUGAUCGGCUCCAAACAAGAUGUUUCGUUAGCCGGGUUGUUGGACGCUAAUUGGGUCGGGAAGUUGCAAUAUUAUUCUGACAGCUGGACUUGACAGAAAAUAUGCGGGGUGUCGGUUAUUUGCACUGGACGGUGAACCCCCCCCGGGCUCCAUAUGCUUAAAUAUUGAGAGUUAGAUAAAUACUGAAGCUAGUUAGCUUAGCUUUGUCUACGUUACCGAGGCCAAAGCGACACACUGACCAGUUAACGUGGAUGUUUGGCACCAAACCGGGCUGAUAACGAAACAGGGUCCUGACGUGUGUUAAAUGAAUAGCUGUCGUCCAGCAAAAACUAAUGUUGUUGAACUUUACCUUUUACCUUUAAAAGUCCGUGCUAAAAGCGCAGGUGGAGGUUGGAUUCGGUGGUGUAGCUUAGCAGUAGGUUUGCCGAAGAGAAAAGUGCAGUCAUGGACGAUUUUAGCUCGAUCAGCCUGCUUUCCCUUGCGAUGCUGGUGGGAUGUUAUGUGGCCGGCACGAUACCUUUAGCGGUCAACUUUUCAGAGGAGAGGCUAAAGCUGAUCACUGUGCUGGGAGCAGGGCUGCUCUGUGGGACUGCACUUGCUGUCAUCAUCCCUGAAGGGGUCCACGCACUUUACGAAGAAAUCCUUGAAGGUGGACACCAAAGUCAUGGCCAGUCUGCAGUUGUAGAAGCAUCUGAGGGAAAGGGUGAAGCAGAGGCAGCUCUUGCUGCCAGCGGGAAACAUGAGCACAGUCAUGAGCAGCUUCAUGCCUGCAUUGGAGUGUCUCUGGUUCUGGGCUUUGUCUUUAUGCUGCUGGUGGACCAGAUAGGCAGUUCUCAUGUUCACAACACUGAAGAUCCAGAGUCGGCAAGAGUCGCCUCCUCCAAAAUCACCACCACUCUGGGGCUUGUGGUCCAUGCUGCAGCUGAUGGCGUCGCAUUAGGAGCUGCUGCCUCAACUUCUCAGACCAGUGUUCAGCUCAUUGUCUUUGUAGCCAUCAUGCUGCAUAAGGCCCCAGCGGCGUUUGGCCUGGUAUCCUUCCUGAUGCAUGCCGGUCUUGAGAGAAAUCGUAUCCGCAAACAUCUCUUGGUCUUUGCCUUGGCAGCGCCGGUCCUUGCCAUGCUCACAUUUUUAAGUCUCAGUCAGAGCAGCAAAGAGGCCCUGUCAGAUAUCAACGCCACAGGUGUCGCCAUGCUCUUCUCUGCCGGCACAUUCCUCUACGUGGCCACGGUCCACGUUCUCCCUGAAGUGGGGGGCGGCGGCGGUCACAGCCACGCUCCCGCAGGAGGGAACGGAGGGAAGGGACUAAGCAAGGUGGAAGUAGGAGCUCUGGUGCUGGGCUGCCUCAUUCCUCUGGUGCUCUCCAUCGGUCACCACCACUAGAGCCACAGCUCAGGAUGGGUUUAAGACGGGUGUACAGGGGAAAGAAGCUGAAACAAAGACUUCAGACACAGCAGAUUCAGAUGUCUUAUUGCUUGGUGUCUGUUAAUGGACCUCGUGCAGGGACUUUUUAUGACUUGAUAAUGAACUUGAAGCAGGGAAAAAGUGAAAAUCAGAGUUGCUGCAGUGACAACCAAGGCACAUGAUGAUAUUUUAUGUACUGACUCUAUCAACAAAAGAUAAUGCAUCUACUGUAUGUAUGCAUUAAUAUCACCUGAAGUCUUUUUUUUUUCUUUCUUUUUUCUCCAAGAUGCCAGAGGUGGAUCUUUUAGCUGGGUUCAUUUAGGUCACUCUUUUCAGUGUUGCAUUAUCGUGCUUGUCCAAAGUCAAAAAACAGCCCUGAUUUCAUUAGUGGUCUUUUACUAGAUGGCAGUUGCACAGUGAGAUUUAGAUAGUCUUGAUUAAGCUUGUAAUAUUGCAAAAGCAGUGAAACUCACUUUUUUAAAAAAUAACUGUACAGAAUAUAGAUGUCUUAGCCACAGUACUGAUGGACUGGAACUGAUAAGUGCCAUAAUAGCCAGUCUGAAACAGAUCUCUGAAGAGGAUGGCACCAAAAGGACAUCGGUUUGUAGAAGACGUUCUCUUCUUGCCAACAGAGGUUAUGUUCUCACAGCAGAUCAGCCACAUUAACCAGCAAGAUGCUUGUAACUAUUUUUGCGUGGCUAGUGAGUUUGUCAUAGCAAGUAAAGAGUCCAGUACUACAAGAAAAACCAGUUGCAACAAGCUCUUUCUUUGUGCGAUGAGAAGCCUGUGUUUGAGGGAUGCUCAAAUGUUUCAGUAAAAUCCUUUAAAUCCUGCAUAAGGACAUACACAACUAGCCUCCUGUCUAAAUGUCAACAGUCACUUUUUUAAUUUCUGUAGUUUUCAGAUUCUAUAAUUUGUUUAUAAUUUGUUCUGUUUUACUUGGAAAAGCUCUGUAUUGUAUAGAGAGUUGCUAGUUUAUUUCAAGGUGGUGGAGGGAUGGUGGAGAAGGAGGAUUUGUCUUGUUGAGGCCAUUAAUUGUGUGAAACCUUUUGGGGACAGCAGAACAAACUUAUUGCAGAUUGUGUGAGGAGCAUUAUGAAGAACCUUUUCUUUUAAAUUUUAUUUAGAUUAACUCUAGUAAUUAUACAAAUAGCAAUAACCAUAAAAAGUGAAAUUGAGGCCAGGUCACUUCUUUGCCAGCAGUGCAGCAAAGUUUGAAACGUGUACAGAGGGUUUGUCUUCAUCAUCAAGGCGCUCCUUAUGCGAUUCAUGUACCAAGAUCUGUCAGUUAGAUGCUCUCGAGCGCAGCUCUGCCUCAAAUACUUUUCUUCUCCACUACCAUUAAAAUGUAACUAGGCUGAUUUUUGGAUAUCUUAAUGUAUCACUGUGCCUGCUCACUGCAGAGCUCAUGUGUUUGUAUAUGUAUGUAUGUAUACUGUACAGAGCAACUUCUUCCCUCCACAAUCAUCAGGACUUCUUGUGUGAGACAGAACUGCUUUCUCACAAAUACUUUUUUUUUUUCCCUUCUGUUGAAUUUUUGGACAUUGAUUAACUGGACUUCGCAGUACCAACUCAAGAGACUAUGACUGUCUUGAGGAGUCUUUGAUUUAUGUAUAAAUUUAAGGUUUUUACACAUGACUUGUGAAUUAAUUCCAACUGUAUGAGAAGAAACACCAUAAUGUUUUAGGUUUUUUUUUUUUUUUUGGGUGACUGUUUGAAAAGGUGGGGGGAAUUGCAUGCAGACGAGAAGCUGCAUGACUGUUUUGUUUUUCUGUGAAGCUGUUUGUGUGUACAAAAGGGAACUGGGAACCGUCCCCCUCCACUGUGAUGCUUGACAACUUGGCACACUAGUAGGCAGCCUCAUUAUAAGCCAUUAUGUUUUUCUAAACAGUGCUGUGUCAGAGUCCCUGUAGAGUUUUGGAAUCUACAGCUUUGCCAUCCCUUAUAAAAGAUCAUUAAAUUUAAUUCAGGGUUAGCUGGUAUAUAUGCGUUCAAGACUUAAGUUGUUUUCAAAUAUCAAAAAUGUAAAAACCUUAAAUAUAUCCAGAAGACUUUGUAAAUACAUCAGUUACUUCCAGGAACUAAAAUCCAGCAGAUAUUUGGCAUUUUUUAACUCCCAAAUUAAAUAGCUGAUUUAUUAAAAUGGACAGAUUUUCUCCCUGUUGCAGUUGCUGUGCUCUGUGUGUGACUCGUGUAACUGCAUUGAAAGAAGCUGAACACUUUAAAUUUAUUUAUUUUUAAUUAACACCUGAUCAUUUGGCGGGGGGAGCUUAUCAUCAGGGUUGUGCUUGUGUUGUUUGAUUUACAGAACAAGGAAACGGCUGAAUAAUGGUUAAAUUGCCUCUUAAAUGUUGCCAAACCUAAGGAGUUGGCUACAUACAUGAGCUCUCUCUAGUUUUUACAGAAUAUAAUUACAGUAAGAAGCCAACUGAAGCAAAAGGAGUCUUAAGUUUAAAGUUCAGUCAUGCAGGUCACAUGAUUUCUAUUAUGGGGAGGAUUAAGAAGCAGUGAGUUGAUGCAGUUAAAAUGUAAUUUAAAUCAAAGUUGAAAGGAAAUGUGACUUAUGUUGCUUAGUAACAUUUCACUAACUGCAUGCUGUGCUGUACAAACUGUAUAAUUUGAUUUGCAGCUGUCUCUGUUAGUCUCAACCCUGUUUUAUCUCUUACCUAUUGUUGUGUUGCUUUGUUGCAUCUUCAUCUAGCGGUGAUAUCAGUAGGCUCUGGAGUCAGUGGAGUG